AUGGUUUCUAAGUCUGACAAUGGGGCCGCCAUAGAGUUUCUAGACCCUGCGGGAAAACUGUACGCCUUGGAUUUCAUGGAUGGGUAUGGCUUGGGAGAGGGCAUGAUUAUCCACCGCGGAACGUCGGGUCAUGGACUAUACGAACAUGCCAAGUCACUGAGUGUUGCCUUGCGCUUUGGCUCGGCCGUCACUGGUUACUGGGAGGAUGAGGAUCAAGCCGUUGUGAUUGUCAAUGGCGAGCAACGGAUUGCGGCUGACUGCGUCGUUGGUGCCGACGGCGUGCAUAGCAAGACUCGAGAUUAUGUGCCUGGAUAUCGGAUCGCUCCCCGAUCCUCUGAGUUAGCCACGUUCCGGGCGUGCUUCAGCGCUAACUUGCUCGUGGGUGAUUCUGAGGCUCAAUCGAACCUGGAGGAAGUAGGCGUCCAGGACCAGAUGCGAAGAUACAUCACGACCGGAGAGCUCGGUCUGACUUUGGCAACUGGAAAACGCGGCCGGAAUGUGAUUUGGCAAGUCUGGCAUAAGGAUACCCUCGCCCUUCUCCAGGACCGGCCCGCUUACUCGCAAGUGCCUGCUGUUGUGCGACACACGCCCAGUGAAAAACCGCGGGCUACAAGAUCACCUCUCUGUCCACCUGGAGCUCUUGAGGUGGGCGCAUCAUGCUCAUAG